AUGUCAUUUUUAUCUAAAGAUUUAGGAUGGAAAGAUAUAGCUGAUCAAACAGCUCUUAAAAAAUGCAGUAUUCAUUAAGAAGCAAUUACUAAUAUAUUUUUACAUCAAAAUUCAAGCAAUGGAUAGAAUAAGCAAAGAAGAUUAGCCUGCAUGGAAUGCAUUUCUUAAAAUAAUGGAGCUAAAAAUAUAUCAAUUAAACAGGCAAUAGAGUAUAGAGAAGGAUAAAAACUAUUAAAUUGGCCGCCUUCAGAUGAAGUAUUAAUUAAAGAAGUAGAAUAAUAGAUUUAAAUACACUAAAAUAGUAAGCUUUAACAAGUAGCAAAUGAGUUUUGGGAAAGAUUCUAACAAACCAUAAUCUAGAAAAUCGAAACAGCAAAAGCAAAAACACUCUUUUAAGUAUAAUAAAUUUACCUUCAAGGUGAAAAGCUGCAUUAGCAGUAUCUAUCUAUGAUAUCAGCGUCUGCUUUCUUUGAUAGAAUUUAGUAAAAUAGAUCAAGUUUAGAAUAAAUGGAAAAGGAAAUAGAUAAAUAUAUUGAUUAGACUUAUUAGUAAGUUGAAUAAAAUAAUGAGGUAUUAAAGAGAUAAUGCAAUGAAUUUAAAGAACAAUUUUAGUAAUUUUCUAUCCAAGAAGGCCUUGAGUUGGAAAGAUUUAUUUCCUAAAGUUUAGAAAAUAUAUCUUUUUACAAAACAAACUAAAGUACUUUCUUUAAGCAAUCUAAAAAAAAUUAAGUGGAAAACGCCAUGUAAUAUUAGUCAAACUAAAUGAAUAAUUCACUAUAAAACUCACCUUAAUAAUAAUACCACAAAAAGUCAUCUUCUGAUAUGAAAUCUUCGAUUGCGUCCCCUCAAUUUAAUAAGUUUUUAAAUUAAAUGAAUUACGAUGAGAGGUUUGGAAUAGAAUGCUCACUUAACUUCGAAAUGGCUAAAAUUAAAUAAAUACGAAAUGAGUAUGAUUAAUUCAUUUUAAUAGAUAUUCCUGAAUAAAUUUCUUCUUAAAUAGGGUGCUAAUUUUAUUCUUCAUACAACCUUCAAAAUGAUAAAUUCUAUGAUAUUUAAAUAACCUUCAAAAAUAAAAUAUCUAGCAACAGCAAAUAGGGAAUUUGCUUUGGUUUAAUAGCAGAUGAUUAUAAAGAUACAUUAAUCUACAUGAAUUCUUCUUAUUAGUUUUCUAUAAUGAAGGGCUUAGAGAAACUAAAUAGUCUAAUAAGUAUUGGAAAUGGAAGUUAAAUCUUGGAAUACAAUAAAAGUGAUUUGAAUUUUCAUGUGCAAAUUUGUAUAAAGGAUAAUAUUCUAAGAAUAGUUCCAAGACAAGAAAAUUAAAUUAAAAGCAGCUAAUCUCCUACAAAAAAAACUAACUAAAAUAUCAAAUAAUAAUAAUAAAAUUAAAUUUAAAAUAAUUCUAUCAUUAAUACUAAUCCAAUCGAAAGGAACUAAAGCUAUCGUUUUUGUAUAUUCGUAAACUAGCCUGGAUAAAUCAUUAAAAUAACUCCAUAUAAUUGUGUCUAUAAAUGA